GGAGCAGCAAGAGGGAGGAGAGGCUGAACACGGCAACCAGGAACUGAGGCGCUACGGCCGCAAUCACCGCCACUACCGCUAACGCCGCCGCCGCCCUGGCUGCCCCCCGCCACCGCCAUGGAAACUCCGCAUCCCUCGCUCCCACCGUCGCUUCAUCCGUGGGCCAUGUCGUGAUCCGUGGGCACCGCCAGCGGGUUUUCUAUCCGUGAUCCCAGGCAAGGAAGAGGAGGAGGAGGAGGCGGAGGAGAAGAGCGGCGGUGGUGGUGGAAGAUGUUCGCCCCGGUGGGCCCUCGGGGCGGCCCGCGCCCACCCGUCGCUCCGGCCAUUCCGGAGCCGGACCUCAGCCAUCUGACGGAGGACGAGAGGAAGAUCAUCAUGGCUGUGCUGGCGCGGCAAAAGGAGGAGGAGGCGAAGGAGGAGGCCAUGUUAAAAGAGGAGAAGCCUAUUCAAGCAAGAACGGUAAACCUGGUUGGGCAAAAGAAACCUCUACAGCAAAACGACGUCCGAGGUAUCCAGCAGCAGUUGUCGAGCUACAGGGAGACGGUGAUCCGGCAGGCCACGGCGGCGGCGGGCUCGGUCCAUCGAGACGACGCACCCACUUGCGGAAUUUGUCACAAGACCAAGUUUGCAGAUGGUUGCGGGAGCCUGUGUUCCUAUUGUCAGACAAAGUUCUGCGCUCGCUGUGGGGGGAGAGUGUCCCUGCGCUCCAACACGGAGGAUAAAGUGGUUAUCUGGGUGUGCAAUAACUGCCGGAAGCAGCAGGAGAUCCUAACCAAGCCAGGAGACUGGUUCAGCAGUUUGUCUGGAAAGCCCGCUGGCCUCGGCUCGGCUGUCAGCGAGCCGUCUGUGUGCCAAACGCCCGGAGACAAGCUCCGGUCUCGUUCCCAAGCACCUGCGGGUUCCACCUCUGCUGUCCAAGACCCCAGCAGACUGAGCGCGACUGGGCCUGAUGUGCGGUCUCUCAGCGAACCACCACGAGAAAAGAGAAAUGGGCGUGGAGGAGCCGGCCGGGGGGACUGGCAGCCUGGCCAGCCAAGGCUCCAAACGCAGGUCUCCAUGGAUCGAGAUCUCCGGGGCGAGUCCAGGGAACGCAGGGAAAGUCGGCGGCUGGCGAAAGGACGAUCCUUGGAGCACGAUCCUGUGGGAGGAAGUAGUAGUCGGACAGAGGAGGGGGGUUACCAUUUAGACCAUGGAGGGGGCCCUCAUCGACAAGUAGCAACACUCCCUCCUAGAGGCAGGGGCCAUCCUGGGCCCGGUCUGGGUCGUGGAAUGGGCAUGGGAGGGGAGAUGGGCGAUGGCUCUCGAGCUGGACAGAGGACGGUGGGGGGGGUUGGUGCGCCGCAUGAACACACAGUUUCUCAGCAAGCCCCUCCCCCUGAACUCAGAGAACCUCCGGGUUUGGGCCCCGGCUCAGUUACCAGUCAAGGACCCGGAGGGAAACGGACUAAACGAGAGAAGGCUGAGAGCAUGCUGCGCAACGAUUCGCUUAGCUCAGACCAAUCAGAAUCUCUUCGGCCUCCUCCACCGCGGCCCUACAAAUCGAAACGAGGGGUGGGGGCUGGAGGGAAGAGGCAAACCAGCGUCAGCAGUUCAGAAGAAGAGGGAGGGACGACCCCUGAGUACAGCAGCGCCGAUGAUGCUGAGAUAGAAAGUGUCAGCGAGAGAGGCGACUGGGAGAGCUACCCUCAUGACCCCACGGUAUGGCAUCAUCCUGUAACGUGGCAGCCGUCUAAGGAAGGAGACCAUCUGAUUGGGCGAAUCACCCUCAGCAAGAGAAGCGCCACCAUGCCUAAAGAAGCUGGUGCUUUGCUUGGGUUGAAGGUGGUGGGAGGUAGAAUCACGGAGUCAGGGAGAUUAGGUGCCUUCAUCACCAAAGUCAAAAAGGGAAGCCUUGCUGACGUAGUGGGACAUCUCAGAGCAGGAGACGAGGUUUUGCAGUGGAAUGGGAAGAUGUUACCUGGAGCCACAAUGAAGGAGGUCUAUAACAUCAUUCUGGAGUCUCAAGCAGAGCCACAAGUUGAGCUGGUGGUGUCCAGACCCAUUGGGGUGUAUAGAAAGUAUCAUGAUAUCCCAAGAAUCCCCGACACGUCCCACCCUCCAUUAGAAUCUACAGGUUCCAGUUCUUUUGAGUCCCAGAAGAUGGAGAGACCAUCCUUAAAUGUCCUGUCUCCCUCCAGUCCUGGGAUGCUCCAAGAUGCCCCUCAGUUAAUGCCAGGGCGACUCUCAGUGAAGCUGUGGUACGACAAAGCAGGUCACCAGCUAAUAGUCAACGUGCUGCAGGCAGUCGAGCUUCCUCUUCGGCCUGACGGGCGGCCAAGAAGCCCCUACGUCAAAAUGUACUUCCUCCCUGACCGCAGUGACAAGAGCAAACGGAGAACAAAAGCCGUGAAGAAAACUUGCGAGCCCAAAUGGAACCAGACCUUCGUCUACACCCACGUCCACCGGCGGGAUUUCCGUAACCACAUGCUGGAGCUGACGUUGUGGGACCAGCCCAGGUCACCGGAGGAAGACAGCACCUUCAUGGGAGAGAUCCUGAUCGAGCUGGAGACGGCGCUGCUGGACGAUAAGCCUCACUGGUAUCCGCUCCAAACUCACGACGUCUCCUCCAUCCCGCUACCCCGCCCCUCCCCUUUCCUGCCCAGACGACACCCACAGUCGGACGCCCCUGGAAAGAAGCUGCAGCGUUCCCAGCGUGUUACAGAGCCUGAAUUUGACGAGCGUGCGGCAGUGCUGUCCAAAGCGGACGGGCGGGGCAGGGAGAGGCAGCGGGAACCCUCGUCCACCCUGGAGGUUCCUGAGGAGCAAAGGACGCCCUCCCAUCACAUUCGCUCCCGCUCCGUCUCUCCACGCCGGGAAGAACAGGGGCGCAACCGAUCGCGGGCGCCCAACGUUCCUACACAGAGGAGUCUGGAUGACGAACUUUCCCACAACCGUCGUACUCGCUCCCCAACCCGUUACCAUGACGCUGCAAGAGGCUGCCACCAGGGGGAGGAGUACCUGGACGACAGUGAGGUCGUCAUGAUCCACCAAUCAAUGCGAGGCAAAAGUGCCGAGUGCCUGCACACCAGUGAUCUGCAGCCUUCUCUGGACAGGGUUAAGAGCGCUAGCACCAACUGUCUGACUCCAGACAAACAUGUCCCCUCUCCAAAGAAUGAAAGAAAAUCUCUGUCCAAAUCUCUGCCUCGAAGACGUCCAGCAAGUCCCAGGAUUCUAAUCCAACAUGCUUCUCCUGAAGAAGACAGAAUGUGGAUGCUACUUCCUACUCAAGAGACUUUAUUUCACUCCAGUGCAAAGAAGAGGCAGCUGCGGACCCUGGAGACACCUGAAUGUCAGACUCUUGGCAGAAAGCUGUCUGACAGCGGCAGGGGUCACCUCCAAGGCGGUGCAUGUCUUUCCACCUCAGUAACAUCCUCAGCUCGCAGAGUUCGCCAGCUCCCUCAGCUUCCACCUCAGAGCAGCACCAUAGAACAAGCCCUGGUAGCAGAGGAGCGCGUUCGCCAGCUCCAGAUGAGGGUUCAUUCUAACCGCGUGUCAGCUGCUGCCACCUCCAGCCAGCAGGACCUGGACCGAGCCCUCAAGAGCAAACGAGAGCUUUACAAGGACCAGCGGAGGAGCAGUGAAAACGUUUCCCAUAAGUCCUCAGACAGUGAUGUCAGCGACGUGUCAGCCAUCUCUCGAACCAGCAGUGCCUCUCGCAUCAGUAGCACCAGCUACAUAUCCAUCCAGUCAGAAAGACCCCGAGGACGCUUCAGUCGAGCGGUGCGUGCAUCGGGACGCCACAUGAUGAAGAGCACCAGCGUGAGUGGUGAGAUCUACGGCAUGGAGCACGCCGACGGCAGCCAGUCUGACACGGCGCUCGGGAGCCUGGGGAGCGGGAUCAAGAAGCGGCGCUCAAGCCUUAGCCAACGAGUUGUUGCCAUCCUGCCAUCGAGACGGAGUCGGAGUACCUCCCAGCUCAGUCAAACAGAGGCAGCAAGUAAGGAGGUCGACAGAAAGAAAGAGGCGUCAGCAGGUAAGAAGUCUAGCAAGGCUGGCAGCAGCAGCAUCCAAAGGAGCGUGGAGACGGGCAUGGCGGUGGAGUAUCCGCGCGGAGGAUCGGCCAUGAACAGGCAGGCCAGCAGGGAGUCCACUGAUGGCAGCAUGAACAGCUACAGCUCUGAGGGGAAUUUGAUCUUCUCAGGGAUGCGUUUGGGGGCUGACAGUCAAUUCAGUGACUUCCUGGAUGGGUUAGGACCGGGUCAACUUGUUGGUCGACAAACAUUGGCAACACCAGCCAUGGGUGACGUACAGAUUGGGUUGAUGGAUAAAAAGGGCCAGCUGGAGGUCGAGGUGAUCAGGGCCCGAGGCCUUACCCCUAAAUCAGGCUCCAAAUCCCUUCCAGCCCCCUACGUUAAAGUGUACCUGCUGGAAAAUGGAACAUGUAAAGCCAAAAAGAAAACCAAGAUUGCACGCAAGACCCUGGAGCCGCUCUACCAGCAGCACCUCCUCUUUGAUGAAAGUCCCCAGGGCAAGGUGCUCCAGGUGAUUGUAUGGGGCGACUAUGGACGCUUGGACCAUAAAUGUUUCAUGGGUGUAGCACAGAUUCUGUUGGAGGAGCUGGAUCUCUCAAGCACGGUGAUUGGCUGGUACAAACUGUUCCCGACAUCCUCCCUGGUGGACCCUACACUCGCUCCCCUCACACGGCUGGCGUCUCAGACGUCACUGGACAGCUCAGGACCUCCACCGGGCGUACGGUCCUAGUGACCACACCGCGAGCUUCUAACCCCUGAAACAAUCGGAGAGAGGACCACAGCUACUAGCUGGGUGGAGGGCGAACACGCAGCCCCGCCAGGACGACGGCGAGGAGCCCUCGGUCGGCAAAUGAAAAGCCAGAUGGAGAAACAGGGACUGAGAGAGAGAAACAAGAGAGGGAGAGGCAGAACUAGCCAAUCAAAGCUUAGCUGGAGUCUGACAAUCAUGUCUCAUACCUUCCUCCUCCACCAUUAACCAUUUCAAGGUUGCACGCUCCUCAGAGCUACACCUGUCCGACAUCACUCACUUCUGUUCAUUCUUUCGUUAAUUUCACCCUCAUUUCUUGUGUAAGAGAGCACCCAAUCAAAGUGGAGUCCUCCACUGUGUUGCCCUCCUACCAAUAGGAGCAGAGAUAACUUCUAAGCUAGCGGGUGGAUUGGCUGUUGUCUCUGCAGGUGUUAACAUGGUAACCAUGUCUCAGACGAGUAUAAGGCCGGUGUUUCCACAGUCUGGAGGGAAGGCGGAGCCUGCACAUGCACGAUGACGUUGCUAACGAAGUGAAAGGAAGCACAAGAAGAAGCUGGACUCUUUCAGUCAGACGGAACGCUAGCGCGGAGAGAAGAAAACAGAGGCCAAAUGAAACAUUUUAUUUUUCAUUGGAGAUCAUAUUUUCUAUAUUAGAGUUGAGAACGGUUCCGCAGACUCCCUCUGUAUAUGUGUAUGUUUGGUUCUCGAGCAGCGCCGUGCCAAAGGCCGCAGAUAGAGGUCAGGUCACAUUUGCUCGAACACCCCUCCCCCUUCCUGACCCCUCAAACUCCCCCCACCCUGCUGGAGGGAGCAGCAUGACUCGGGGACUCCCUGCUGCAUGCACGUUUCUUUUCUUUUUGUUUUUUUUUUCUUUUUAGUUCUCUUCAGUUUGUUUUUUUCGUUCCGUUCUCUACUUUUUUCGUAAAACUGAGAGACGAGACAAAUUAACAAACGAUUUCCUGAAAAACAGAAAAAAAGACUAGACUAUGUGUGUUAGUUCCACAUACCUUUAGGCCAGCUUGUAUGUUGCAUGUUCUUGUACAGUUUGCUCGUACUGAAUAUGAAUACAGAGAAAAGCCAAGCCAUCCCCACCCCCGACUGGAGCGGACCGAUCGCGGGGGUCUGACUCCACCCAGGCCACGCCUACCACUCCGGGUCUAAAUUUCCACAUUAGAAAGUCUCAGAGAAAAGUGUCUUUGUUUCAAUUUUUUCUUUGACCUAUGAACAACAGUGCUGUUCUGUAGUACUGAGCUAACUCCAGCCCCUGGAGGAUCUGAGGAUUUAGGAGUCUAAACUGUAGUUUCAGACAGUUGGGGCUAGAGACAGAGACAUAGAAUGUGUGUAUAACAGCUAAAUGUAUAUGAAGUAUCCUUAUGAGUUUGACAGAAAUUAUAAAGAUAUAGAUAUAUGAGUAUAAAAGAGUGAAUACGAGCAAAUACCACACAUGCACACCUUGUACAUACCAAUCGGGACAAGCGGCUCUUCACCUUUGAGCAAAAGAAAACAUUUCUGACACAAACAUUCCGGGUCUCGUCCAGGAGAAAUUGUUUUUCCGGUGCUUUAGCCGCUGAGCGGCACUGAGAAGCCAGGGGGCGCUAACAAGGCCUUUGUCGUGGAUCCAGUUUCAGACAAGGAAGCGGAACCAAUUGGAACAAAGUUUACUUUCUUCUCCUUUAUCAUGCUUUUCCCUGUUUCUGACUAUGGUUUGGACUGGACUUCUGAAGCCAACAAGACCUCUGGAUUGGCAGACACUUUUUGUUUCCGUUGAUCUUCGGCAGCGUGGCCGACUGCCCUUUCCUUUGUCAGUAUUACUGCAGCAAUACUGAUUGUUUACAGCCCAUGGCUCCCUGCCCCGAAACCAUGAUUCUUGAUGAAAGACAAAGUAUUCACUGCAACAGUUCUUGUUUGUACAACAGAUGUGGCUCUACUGAUGUGUAUGUUUUAUAUUCAAGAGUUCAUUUUUAUUAUUUACAAAUAAAAGACUGUGUGAAAGAAGA